CUUGUGUGCUGAGGCUACCCUGGGACCACCAACUCUCACCAUGGCAGUGUACAGGACCUCUACCUCCCUGGAACCCAGGAUCUGCGACUGGUGGCCUGGGAACAGGGGCCUAUUGUUCCCAUUAUUUGCAUCUCCUAAGCACUGGGAAGGUGGGCCAGCUGUGGCCUACAACUCUAGUGGACUUCACCCAGGACACUCCCAGGGCCCACUCCCAGUCCCAGCUCUCCUCCCCCACAGUUGUGGUCUCCAGUCUCUCUGCCCCUAGGAGCAGACCAAGUGGGACCAGGGAAGGCAGCCUUCCUUGGGCUCUGAUCCAUGUCCAUGCCUCCUCUUCCUCUUGCUCUUCUUCUCAUCCCCCUGUUUUGCUUGGUUUUCAGCCAGUGCUGGGAAUCUAACCCAGGGCCUCAAGGGUGCCAGGGAGAGCCAAUUCACACAGCACCAUCUCCAGCCUCACAGAGAAUGAUGCUUUAGCUGGUAGUUCCAAUUAAGAACAAGAUGGCCCUUGCACAUACUUCCCUGAGCCUGGCUCCUGCUGCCCUUGGCUGGCGAGUGGUGAUCAAUGAGCCGAGAGAUGAAGGCUAGCGAGGAGCUCAGAAAUAGGCCCUGAGAUUCAGUGUGACAUCAUCACUUUUCAUGGAUGGGUUUAUUCAGUGGGUAUUUAUUGAACCUCUAGGCACUAUUCCAGGAGGUGAAGAUGCUGUAGAAAGAUGAACAGCAUUACGUCUGUAUUUCCUUGUUGGAUUCUCAAAAUAAUCUCAUGACACAGGCACUAGUUUCAUCUAUACUUUUCAAAGAAGAGAUUGGGUGUAUUAAUCAGCUCAAACUUCCACAACAGAAUGCCACAGACUGAGAGGCUUAGAAUCUCUGCAGGUCACUGGGGUUGGUUCCUGAUGUGACCUCUCUCCCUGUGUCCUCACAGACCUCUUAUCUGUACACAGAACUAUCUCCCACAGACAGCCAUACUAAGAGUUAGGGCUUCAGCAUGUUAGUGUGGGGACACAACUCAGUCUCUAACGCGGAAGCUCGGAGAAGCUGAAGGGCUUCUCCAAGGCCUGUAAUCAGUGAGGGGGCUUCUUUCUGAGGUUUGCCUGGGUGCUGACCACCGCAGAUCCUCCUCUAACAUGGGGUCUGAACCCCGAUCCCCUGUGAUGCCAUUAGAUUCUUUGGCAUUUGUGGGCUUCCUUGAGGACCAAGUAAAUUUUGGAACACUGACUUCUGAGAAGUGUUGAGAUAAAGGGAGGGCAGGUCGGGUGUCUGACCAUUUGAGCCACAAAAUACACUAUAAUUGUGGAUAUGGGACCUUCUGAGGUCUGUAGCUUUCUUGCAUUUUCUGCUUUGGUGAUGACUGACCUUUGGCACAAAGAAGAAAUUGAGCCCAGGCACCUGUGCUUUUGGAGGGCAUGAAGCUGGGGCACUGAGGAGAGAGCCUGGGGCUGGAGCUGGCCAUGGCCUUAAGAGGAGACCAGUUGCCAUUAGGGACAACCUAGAAGGGAGCCGUGUGCACCACGGAGAGAGGAUGGCCGAGAUGACCCGCUGGCAGAGGGCCCUCUCUCCACCCCAGCGCCCUCCCGAGGUGGCUUUCAGUGACAGCAGUGAGUCAGCUUGCCCUGGUGACACCCAUGAUGGGGGGAGGAGGGCUGCUAGAUGGGGUCUCUGCCCCGCCCCCUGUGCUGAUCCUCUACUGCUGCUUGUAUCAGACCCUCCCUCCUCUCCCCUGAAAGUGGACGGAAGGCCAUGUUUUUCCUAAGAGUGGAUUCCUGGCUUUGGUCAGGGCUGGGGUGAGAGGUGAUGUGGGCUUUUCUGGCCUCUAGAGCAAGGUGCAGGAGCAGCUGGCACCACCCUGCUCCCUCUGACCCACUGGCCUGCCCUGUUUGGUUCUAGAACCUUUGUUCCCAGCAGGUGUGGCAGUAUCCCUUGUGGCUCCUUGAAUGAGGAUCACAUGCUUCUUGUCUUUUGUGUUUUUGAGACAGGGCCUUGCCAUGUGGUCCAAGAGGGCCUGGGACUCUCAACUCUCCUGCCUCAGGCUCCCAGCGGCCCCCAGUCUCCCUCCUGUCCACCAGGCCCCACCUGCUUCUGCAGCCUCUGCCUCCAUGUUUCCCGGGACUCAGGCAUACCCGCCUUCUCUCUGGACUUGUGGGCCUGGGGUGGCCAUUUUGCAUUCUUGGACUUGAGGAAAUUUCAGUUGGCAGAAAGAAAGGGCUCUGUUAAGUUCUCAGAGAGCAGACCAACGGAACACCAUCAAGUGAAAAAAAAGAAGAAAGACUCUUCAUAAUCCCAGGACCCCGAGGAUGACAGAGGAAACUGCGUGACCCGACGGGACCGGGCCUUAUUAUCAGAGAAAGUCCGGAGACAACAUGUUCACACCCAUCCCCAAGAGUGGCUCUCCAUUCCCGGCCUCCGUGCGGGAUCCUGGCCUGCAUGUGUGGCGGGUGGAAAAGCUGAAGCCGGUGCCUGUGGCGCGCGAGACCCAGGGAGUCUUUUUCUCGGGGGACUCCUACCUGGUGCUGUACAAUGGCCCGGAAGAGCUCUCUCAUCUCCACCUGUGGAUAGGCCAGCAGUCUUCCCGGGACGAGCAGGGGGCCUGCGCUGUGCUGGCUGUCCACCUCAACACCCUGCUAGGGGAGCGGCCCGUGCAGCACCGGGAGGUGCAGGGCAACGAGUCUGACCUCUUCAUGAGCUACUUCCCGCGGGGCCUCAAGUACCAGGAAGGCGGUGUGGAGUCAGCAUUCCACAAAACCUCCCCUGGGACAGCCCCGGCGGCCAUCAGGAAGCUCUACCAGGUGAAGGGGAAGAAGAACAUCCGGGCCACAGAGCGGGCGCUGAGCUGGGACAGCUUCAACACCGGGGACUGCUUCAUCCUGGACCUGGGCCAGAGCAUCUUUGCCUGGUGUGGUGGGAGGUCCAACAUCCUGGAGCGCAACAAGGCCCGGGACCUGGCCCUGGCCAUCCGGGACAGCGAGCGGCAGGGCAAGGCCCAAGUGGAGAUCGUCACUGAUGGGGAGGAGCCUGCUGAGAUGAUCCAGGUUCUGGGCCCCAAGCCUGCUCUGAAGGAGGGGAACCCUGAAGAAGACCUCACAGCCGACCAGACGAAUGCCCAAGCUGCGGCUCUCUACAAGGUCUCUGAUGCCACUGGACAGAUGGACCUGACCAAGGUGGCCGACUCCAGCCCCUUUGCCCCUGAGCUGCUGGUGCCCGACGACUGCUUCGUGCUGGACAACGGGCUCUGUGGCAAGAUCUACAUCUGGAAGGGGAGAAAGGCUAACGAGAAGGAGCGGCAGGCGGCCCUGCAAGUGGCGGAAGGUUUCAUCUCCCGCAUGCAGUAUGCCGCAAACACUCAGGUGAGGAGGCACCUUGGGCCCCAGGCCCCACUCCUGGGCCUCCUUGUCCAGUGUGGUUGGCCUGUGCUCCCUGGGACUACUGUCUCUGGCUGUGACUACCCCUGGUAGCCUUUCGUUCUGAUAGGGCUCAUGGAUAACAGGUGGCCUCUGCCAAACUGCACUGGUCCUUGAAGCAGGGCUUUCUCAGCCCGGUCCCUGUAACCCGUCUCCUCUCUCCGCGUAUCUGGAGGAGCUGCCUGGCCUGGCUUGCAUGUGCUUGGGCCUUCUGUCCCACCCCUGUUAGUGAUAGAGGUGGCAGCUUCCAAGCCAGCCUUCUCCCCACUGUCCUGCAGGUGGAGAUUCUGCCCCAGGGCCGCGAAAGUCCCAUCUUCAAGCAAUUCUUCAAGGACUGGAAGUGAGGGUGGACGUCCCCCUGCCCCUGCCUGCCUUUGCCUGCUCAGUGUUGAGAAGCCCCGCUGACUUCAAUAAAGGAAACCAGUGCCUUCCCCACUCUUCCCA